GGAAAGUUCAAUGAAAUAAAUAAAAGGGUAAUCUCGUAAUAAGAGUGAAAAACAAGCCUUAACCUGUAAACGCUUACGCUAGUUAAAUACACAACAAAGACCGAUUCGCUUUUCACUCUCUCGUUCAAGGUCCGACUCAGUUCCCGGCGAGUUCGACUCGGUGAUUGAUUUUUUCCUAGAAAAAUAAAAUUUCUUCUUAACGAUUGAUCGAUUUUGGUUUUCUAUCUUUCGAUUCUAGAUCUAGAAUUCAAUUUGUGAGGUUUGGAGAUGGCGAGCGAGCUGAUCAAUCGGCGACACGAGACGGAUCAACCAACCGCCGAUGCUUAUUACCCGAAACCAAUCAAACCAUGGUUCACGGUGACUCGUCCGAUGCGUUACAUGCUCCGUGAACAGAGACUUAUCUUCGUUCUCGUUGGCAUUGCAAUCGCUACUUUGGUUUUCACAAUUUUCCCUCGCUCCACACAAUCAACCCCUUACUCGGAUCCUUUCUCCGGUUACGGAAUCCGACCCGACGAAUCGUACGUUCCGGCUAUACAAGCUCAGAGGAAACCUAGCCUCGAGUACCUGAACCGGAUCGGAGCAACAGGCGGGAAAAUCCCACUGGGAUUGAAACGCAAAGGGCUAAGAGUGGUUGUGACCGGUGGUGCUGGAUUCGUUGGAUCGCAUCUCGUGGAUCGUUUGAUGGCUAGAGGAGAUACUGUGAUUGUUGUUGAUAAUUUCUUCACUGGAAGGAAAGAGAACGUUAUGCACCAUUUCAGUAACCCUAACUUUGAGAUGAUCCGUCACGAUGUGGUUGAGCCGAUUCUUCUUGAGGUUGAUCAGAUCUACCAUUUGGCUUGCCCUGCUUCUCCUGUUCAUUACAAAUUCAAUCCCGUCAAGACUAUCAAGACGAAUGUGGUUGGAACAUUGAACAUGCUUGGUUUGGCUAAGCGAGUUGGGGCUAGAUUUCUUCUGACGAGUACCAGUGAGGUUUAUGGUGAUCCUCUGCAGCAUCCUCAGGUUGAGACUUACUGGGGCAACGUUAAUCCCAUUGGUGUUCGUAGUUGCUACGAUGAAGGAAAACGUACGGCAGAGACGUUGACCAUGGACUAUCACCGAGGUGCCAAUGUUGAGGUCAGAAUUGCUAGGAUCUUCAACACCUAUGGUCCAAGAAUGUGUAUAGAUGAUGGGCGUGUUGUUAGUAACUUCGUUGCACAGGCACUAAGGAAAGAGCCAUUGACUGUUUACGGUGAUGGGAAGCAGACAAGGAGUUUCCAAUUUGUUUCUGAUCUGGUUGAAGGUUUGAUGAGACUGAUGGAAGGAGAACAUGUCGGCCCAUUCAACCUCGGUAACCCUGGUGAAUUCACGAUGCUCGAGCUCGCUAAGGUGGUCCAAGAGACAAUUGAUCCGAAUGCAAACAUAGAGUUCAGACCAAACACAGAAGACGACCCUCACAAGAGAAAGCCUGACAUCACAAAGGCCAAAGAGCUUUUAGGUUGGGAACCAAAGGUCUCUCUUCGUCAGGGACUGCCUCUCAUGGUCAAAGAUUUCCGUCAACGUGUCUUUGGUGACCAGAAGGAAGGCUCCUCCGCAGCUGCAACCACCACCAAGACAACUUCAGCUUGAGCAAAUGCAGAAUCUGAGUAGCAGCCACUGCGGCUGGUAGUGGGUUUAUAACAAAAUUGCAAGAGCGUCGUUUCUUUAAAUUUAUUUCGCUUUUGAUUUCUGUUUUGAUAAUCGUGUAAACGUAGAGUAAGAAUUUGGUACCUUUACUUACUACUAUUCAUGGACCUCACUACAGUUUUAAAAGAAAAAAGAACUUCUCUUUUGAUAUUACAAA